CCCCUCUUUUUCUUUCUCUAAUGUUUCAAUCUUCGAAUUUCAUACUCUCAAAAUCGUAACCCUAACUCAUAAUCAUCACCGUUUACGCGAUUACUCGUUGUCCUUCAACUCUCGAAGAAGAGAUAUGGAGUUGCAGACAAACUUUAAUCCAUUCGAAAAACGUCCCAUUUCCAAGUCUAAGACUCCUGCAGUGAGAUGGUACAAGGAAUGGGUGCCUCAGGAUGUCGUUUCUACUGGUGGCAAGUGCUUCCUUUUGAAAUGGGUUACUGAGGACACGUUGAAGGCCUUGAAAGAGAAGCCUAAAGAGCCUGAGACUGAAGAACCAGAAUCAGAACCAGAACCUACUACAGAAGUUCUUUUCCUUUGCAGCUAUGAAAGCUGUGGAAAAACUUUUAUUGAUGCUGGAUCAUUGAAGAAACAUUCUCACGUCCAUGGGGAAAGACAAUAUGUUUGUCAUUAUGAAGGAUGUGGAAGGAAAUUUUUGGAUAGUUCCAAGCUGAAAAGACACUUUCUUAUUCAUACAGGAGAGAGGCAUUUUGUGUGUCCUCAUGAAGGCUGUGGCAAAGCUUUCUCCCUGGAUUUCAACUUACGGGCACAUAUGCGAACACAUUCCCAAGAGAACUAUCAUACCUGUCCAUAUGUGGAUUGUGGAAAGAGAUAUGCUCAUGAAUACAAGUUAAAAGCUCAUAUCAAGGCUCACCAUGAAAAGAACACGGUGAUGGAUAUGAUAAAAAACAACGCACCUUCAAAUAAGCUACCCAGUGCUGCAAAGCCUUCUGCGGUGAAUUAUGGCUCUGCUUCCUCUGACCGGCCUUAUGCCUGUCCUUACGAAGGAUGUGAUAAAUGCUACAUUCAUGAGUAUAAGCUGAACCUUCAUUUGAAAAGGGAACAUCCUGGUCAUAAUGCAGAAGAGAAUGACAAGAAUGACCCUGAUAAUGAUCAUGAGAUGGAUGAAGCCAGUGACCAUGAUGCUUAUGGUGGAAAAGGUUGCAAUGGGAAGAAUCCUAAGCGAAGAAAGCCAAACAAACCCGUGUCGAAGAUGCCACCUUCGAAAAUCCAACAGCGAAAAUCUUCAAAUGUGGCUGCCCCAAAUUUGAACAUGGUGAAGAAACAGUGGCUAACCAAAGACAUGUAUGAGGAAGAAGAUAGUGAGGAAACAGAAGAGGAUUGUGAUAAUGUUGAAGAUGGAUGGAGAUUCACAGAGAAUAAAGAGGAUGAUGAAGAGACAGAGUACGAGGAUUAAGGCAAAUUUUGUUUCAUGGCAACCCGUAUGUGCACAAUCUUUUAUGCCAAGAUUGGCUGGUUUUUUACCCAUACAGUAUAGUCCUAGUGAUCAAUGUAAUUUCUUUGAUCCUUUUUGUUAGCUUUUCUCAUCUCUUUUUGGAAAAGAUCCAGUGAUUUAGAAAGUUCAACAAAUUUGAUAUUCUAUUUUUUGAAGUUCGAUUCAUCCAUGUUCAGUACCUCAAUGCCAAUUGUAUUUUCAUGACUUGAA